AAUAACUGAUUUACAAUUGUCUUUGGUUAUCUCGUAAGAAAAAACUGUGCUGCAAAUUUUCUGGUAUCAAGGAAGUGCCGGCACCGGCGACAAUGAGCUGCCGAUAUAUGGCCGCCAUCAGCUCCUCUCUGCUACGGAGCACAAUAACUCUCCCAACAUUACCCCAUUUCAAUCCUUUGAAGCCACCGAAUUCCGUUCGCCUAAUUCAAUCAACUUUUCAACUUCCAGUUCGCCAUUGUCCACACAGGGCCAUGUCUCGUGUGAGUGCAACACAUGAUGAAGAGGCUGCUGCUAAAGCAGCAGCAACAGAAGCUAACAGUGGAGCUCCAACCAUAUUUGACAAGAUUAUUUCAAAGGAGAUCCCUUCUAGCAUUGUCUAUGAAGACGACAAAGUUCUAGCGUUUCGUGAUAUUAAUCCUCAAGCACCUGUUCAUGUUUUAGUCAUCCCAAAGCUCAGAAACGGGUUAACAGAGCUUGGCAAGGCUGAACCACGACACGAAGACAUAUUGGGUCAUCUUCUUCAUGCAUCAAAAAUAGUUGCGGAAAAAGAAGGCAUUGUUGAUGGAUUCCGUGUGGUCAUUAACAGUGGCGCCUCUGCAUGUCAAUCGGUUUAUCAUCUUCAUUUGCAUGUUCUUGGUGGAAGACAGUUGAAAUGGCCACCUGGUUGAUUGACGUUUAAACCAUCAUUUCACUGCUUCAGUUUUCAUUUUCGUAGCUCGUUCCAGGUGGUUUAUGUACUACGAAGGAGGGUUUACUGAGUUAAAGUGUAUUAACAUAUAAUGUUCGACGCUAUAUCAAUCUCAAGUUCAACAAAAUAUAUCAUUACCAGAGGUUUGCUUGGUUCACUAUGAUGUUUAAGUAUUUCAUUACGUUUGUUGAUGAUCGUUCUCAUGCAACUUGGGUGUUCAAAUCACGAAAUCAAACUCUGUUUUAUUUAUUUAUUUAUUUUUUUUUGUGAA